UCCACGUACGGUUCUCGUUCUCGCUGCUGCGUCGCCUCUGUUCGACGCUAUCGUCGUCGCCGUUAGUUGCCGUUAGUUUGUUUGUUGUCGUCGCGCUUUCAACUUCGUCGCCCCGUAGCUGCCGCAGCCCAAAAAUCAGCCAACAGACUUUUAUAAUUUUUUGCCUGUCGCUGCUGUAGCUCGCGUCCGUUUACCGUUUCAAUUCCAGCGCUAAGUCGCUGGCGCAGGCGAUUCGCUCGCGUUUUAUUUGCGCGCGCGUUUUUUUCUUGCCCAGCUCGCGAUCUUUUGCCCGCGGCUUAUCGACGGAUCGAGCCAGCGAUUAAUUCUGUUAUCACAUCGGUCGAUCAAAACAUUCAAGAAUACCGAUAUAUUUGGACUUUUGUGCGUGACCAAUUAAAGAACUUGCUGCAGAACAUAACGGAACUUAACAGUGUGAAAAAAUACGUAGUUAAAAACUCAAAAUAAACAUAUUUAUUAUAGGCUAUAUAAAAGCUAAAGUUGUGAAUUUCGUGAAACUAAUCAAACAAUAAGUUGAAACAAAAGAACCAGACUAAAAGUGUAGAAAAAGAGCUAAUUUCCCAGUGUUGAAAAACGAAAACAUAUAUCAAACUAAACACAUUUUACUCUCAACUCAAUUAAACGCGUUGGCCUCUAUAAAAACUCCCCUGGCCGCGUCCUGUUGCUCAGAUAAUGUAAAAUCAGCGUAUGCUCAAUAAAGAAAAGCUUACACAAAAAAAAAAACAAAAACAAAACAAAGCAAAGCAAAGCAAAAAAGCUGCUAAACUUACAAACAAUAAUCAAGUUAAAGCAUAUUUAUAUAUAAACGUUUGUUCGAAUCAAAAUUAAACUAUACAACUCUUAGCCAAGAUAGGCUUCAAGUACCCCAAGCUAUCAGCCAUCCCCAAGCUUUGUAAACAGAUAAAAAAAAGCAAGUGUAAACGCUACAACAAGAACUCAUACAAAACGCUACCAUCUAUGCUAAAUAUAUAUAUAUGUAUACCUUAUAUAUAUAGGUGCUGAUCUGUGCUAAGAGCUGUUUAUCUAAAAAACAAAACAAAAAAGAACCCAAACAAAGCCAACGUCAUAAACGUAAAUCGCGCAACAUUUCUAGUCGCCAGCUAAGCUAUCUAUAUAGUCUCCCCAGCUAAAAACUAUAUAUUUAUAUAAUAUACAUAUAUAUAUCUAUAAUACCCAUAUAUAUAUAUAUAUAUAUUAUAAUACUGAAGAGUUGCCGCUAAGAUGGCCAACGUUGUGAAUAUGAACAGCCUGCUGAAUGGCAAGGACUCGCGCUGGUUGCAGCUGGAGGUGUGCCGCGAGUUUCAGCGCAACAAAUGCUCGCGCCAGGAUACGGAGUGCAAGUUCGCCCAUCCGCCGGCCAAUGUGGAGGUGCAGAACGGCAAGGUUACCGCUUGCUAUGACAGUAUCAAGGGACGCUGUAAUCGUGAUAAACCGCCGUGCAAAUAUUUUCAUCCACCACAGCAUUUGAAGGAUCAGCUGUUGAUAAACGGACGCAAUCAUCUGGCCCUAAAGAAUGCACUGAUGCAACAAAUGGGCAUCGCGCCCGGCCCGCCGGUCAUAUCGGGCCAAGUGCCAGCCGUGGCUACAAAUCCCUACUUGACUGGCAUACCAGCCAACACAUACAGUCCUUACUAUGCCGGACACUUAGUGCCUACUUUGCUGGGACAUGAUCCGACGGCCGUUGCCUCACAGCUGGGUACGGUGGUGCCACAGACCGUUCAGGUGGCACAACAGAAAAUUCCACGCUCCGACAGAUUAGAGGUCUGUCGCGAAUUCUUGCGCGGCGCCUGCAAACGGGCCGAGUCGGAAUGCCGGUUCGCGCAUCCGCAGGAGAGCGUUGCGCGGCACGACGAUGGUUCCAUAACGGUUUGCAUGGACGCCGUGAAGGGCAGAUGCGCACGUGACCCCUGCCGCUACUUUCAUCCCCCCCUGCACCUACAGGCACAAUUAAAAGCGGCCCAAACACGCGCCACCGCUGUCGCUGCUGCAGCUGCGAGCUCACCUCUUGCGGCACACCAACAACUCAAUCAGCAUCAGCAACAACAACAACAACAACAACAACAACAGCAACAGCUGCAGAACCACCUCCACAACAACAACACCAUCCCAACGGCCGGCGGCGUCGCUGCUGGCGCAACAACAACACCAACAGCAACAACAACAACAAACAACGCUGCCGCUGCCGCUGCUGCUGCCGCCGCCGCCGCCGCUGCCGCUGCUGUCAUGGGUCAUCACACACUGGAAGUGGGCAAGAAGCGGUCAGCGGAUCCUGAAAUGUUUCCACUGCAAUUCUCUGGCAUGGUACCGUUCAAACGUCCAGCUGCCGAAAAGUCUGGCAUUCCAGUGUAUCAACCCGGUGCGACAACCUAUCAACAAUUAAUGCAGCCCUACGUGCCAGUGUCAUCAAACACUAAAAUGCCACCUCUUAAUGCUUCCUGUGUUAUCUACACCGAUGCCAGCGGCCAGUUACUGGACACCCUCCCGGUGUGCCAAGAUUUUAAUAGAUCUAUGUGCAGUCGGUUAAAUUGUAGAUUCGUUCAUUUAACUGAAGAUGACAAGGUCGAGGUGAUUGAUCAACGUGUUGCUGUCUGUCGGGAUCAUGCCAAUAGCCAGUGCCGUCGUAAACAGUGUAAAUACUAUCAUAUACCGAUUGUCUUGCCACCGGCCAAUAUAAUGGCCGCCAUGAUCACCAAUCCCAGUGAGCAGCAGGCGGCUGCUGGCAGUGUGGUGGCAACAACCACGGCAGCAGCAGUUGCUGCCGGCUAUAACAACAGCAACAACAAUUUGAUCAUCAUUGAGCCGCAUCAGCAGCAACAGCAACUGCAGCAGCAGCAACAACAACAGCCGCAGCAGCAAUACAGUUAUCACACCAACAACACUAACUACUAUCACAGCAACACAAAUAAAGCAGCAGCAGCAGCCACACACCACGCCAGCAACAUGUAUCAGCAACAUCAUCAUCAGCAGCAACAGCAGCAACAACAACAGCAUAUUACUUACCACUGCAGCUCACCGUACUCCCCCUCGUCGGCCUCCUCAUCAUCCUCCUGUUCCAUAGCCACAUCUCCCACACUAUCGUCGGCCACCACGCUGUCUACCACAUCGACGGCAACAAUGCCUACACCGCAGCAACAAUAUGCUGCUGCUGCUGCUGCGGCACCGACAGCGGCAUUUCUCAAGGCGCCCGCCUACUAUACCGAUGCCACGCCUACUCUGGUGCUAAGCAGCGAUUACAAUUCUAACUGCAUACCCAUUCAGGCAGCGCCCUUCAUCUCGCUGCCGCAGCAACAUGUCCUAAAGUACACGACGCCGCAGCAGCAGCAACAGCAGCAACAUCACGGCCUGAUACACCAUCAGCAACACGCGUAUGUGGGUCAUCAUUAUCCGGUGGUGGCCACCACAGUGGCUGCUCUGCCGGCCACCACAAUCACCGUUACGCCGGCCACAAUAGCCGCGCCCUCAUCCUGCAUCUAAACAAGCACACGCACACACACACACACACACGCAUUGACAGCAACACACAGUAAAAUAGAAUCGAAUUAAAUUUUGAUGCAAAUUAAAGGUUGAUAUGAACUAUUUACAAGAGCAACAAACAUUAUGGGGAAAUAACACAAAAAAAAAAAUAAUAAAAACUAAAAAAUAUAAAAUAUAUAUAUUGAGAAAUCUACAUAACUUUUUCGUACGUAUAGCAAGACUUUAACGUAAGCAUCAGAUUUACACACAAUCGACAUACAUAAAGAGAAAACAUUGAGUGACAACUCUACAAUAUUAGAAAACCACAAAAAAAUAAAAGAAAAUUACAAAAAAAAAAAUGUUUAGUGUUGUUAAAUGAGAAACAGAAAAAUUUAGCAAUUAAAAUAAUUGAAAUUGACAAAAAAAAAUAAAUAAAUAAAAUAAAUAAAUAAUUAUACCAAAAUGGGAAAAAGGCAGUUGCAUUAAAAUUAGUUACAAACUAUUUUAAACUCUAGUGUUCCAUAUUUCAAUACAAAUACAAAUAAAAUAUAAAUAAAUAUUAUUAUAACAAUGAAAGUAAACAUUUAGUAAGGAGUGUUAAUAAUAUAGCAGUCGAUAAGCCUAAUGAAAAGUCUACAACAAAUUACAUUGAAAAUAGUCAAAAUUAAUCAAAACGAGUAAACAUUCAUAGGCCAUGGUUAAGCAGCAACAACAAAUACGAGUAUGUUAAAACAAAAACAACAUCAACGAGCAACAAACAACAAAAAUAAAUAAUAAAAAAUAUAUAAGUACAGUCACGUCCUAUUUUUGCAACAACGAUUUACUACCAAACAAAAAUGAAAAUAAGCAGAUGAAGAGCAAGAAAUGCGCAAGGCAAACAAUUUCAAAGGAUUUUUUUAAAAAUACAAAAGAAAACCAUAUUCCUUUUUUUACAUUUUAUAAAACCAACAAACAAGCGAAUCAGCAACUACAGCAAAAAACAAAAUAACAAACGAAAAUCCAAAUAAAAUGUAAUAAACAUAUUUUUUUAUAUACUAAUUACAAUACACAAUGCGAAA